CAUGCUCCCUCCUCUCAGUUCAACUGAUGUCCAAAGUGCAGCCUUGGGGGAUUCAAACCAACAAUAUUACGAGUCUAACCGGGCUCAGCAACCACUCAACUCUGUUGGAGAAACAGAACCGAAGCGCACCUGGCUGCAUGCGGACCAUUUACACCACCCGAAGGAGCCGAUUCGGCAUCAACAUGGCACGUCUCCUCAGCCUUUUAUGCUUGUGCCUGAUUGGGCAAGUUCUGGGCCAAGACAUGCCCUAUGAGGAAUUCAUUGCCCAGAUCCAAGCCUGUCCUAAAGAGUGUCGCUGCCCCGCUAACUUUCCUCGGGCUGUCUACUGUGACAAUAAAGGCCUGAAGAGCAUCCCCAACAUCCCUCCACACACAUGGUAUCUCUACCUGCAGAACAAUCUCAUUGAAGUCCUGUCAGCGGAUGCCCUCCGUAACGCCACCGAGCUGCGCUGGUUGAACCUAAACCGCAACAAAAUCAAUACGAACGGAGUGCAAGAAGGCGCCCUAAGUGCGAUGUCUCACCUGGCGCACCUGUACAUGGAUGAGAAUCUCCUGUCCUCUGUGCCGUCUCCCCUGCCGGCCAGCCUGGAGCAUCUACGUCUGUCUCGCAAUCGCAUCUCCAGUAUCCCUUCUCGUGUCUUCAUUGGUCUCGAUAAGCUCAACCUCUUGGACCUCCAAGGAAACAAGCUGAUGGAUGAUGAUGUGACAGAGGUGAGCUUGAAGGGUCUAACAAACCUGGUGCAGAUCAAUCUCGCCAAGAACCAGCUCAGCAGCAUGCCCAUUGGCUUACCACCCAGCACUACCCAACUUUUUCUUGACGGAAACAACAUUGAAAAGAUCCCAGCUGGCUACUUCAAAGAUUUGCCAAAUGUGGCAUUUCUCAGGCUCAACCACAACAAGCUUGGCAGCGAUGGAGUUCCCACAAAUGUGUUUAAUUUCUCCAGCAUUAUGGACUUGCAGCUGUCCCACAACCAGCUGACCGAGGUUCCCUUCAUUCCCUCCGGCCUUGAACAGCUUCACCUUGACCACAACAAUAUCAAAACUGUGAGUGGCGCCAACAUCUGUCCCGUUGCCGCCGAAGCCAUGGAUGACGAUAACGACAGCGUUCCUCGACUGCGCUACCUCAGACUGGACGGAAAUACAAUCAAGCCACCAAUUCCCAGGGAUGUCGUCCUGUGUUUCCGUCUCUUGAGGUCCAUUGUCAUCUAAAGAACCCCAAAAUUAUGGAGGCAUAUUGUAAUUUCCCACAACUUACCUGUGAAUCUGGACUGUCGUAAUAUUUGCAUGUUUAUGAAUGUUAACAUGAUUUGCGUAGAAUUUGCAUGUUUGUGCAGCUCAAAUGUUGGUCAUUAAUUGGCAUCAAGUUGUUUCACUUCAUAGCUCCUUUCAGUUCCCCAAAACACUCAUUUUGUUGCAGUGAAAUUUAAAUAAAAACGAAAAGAAAGUAAAUUGACGGGGAACUGACUGAUAAGAAGCUUUAUUGAUGCUGCAAUGUGUUGACCACUAGUUGUGCCUUAUGUUGGUGUAAACAUUUUAAUUCAGAAUAAAGAUUUGAUCAUUAUUUAGAAUGAAAGUGAUUUUUGCUGAUAGGAGUACUAAUUACUUGUUGAAGAGGCAUCAUUAACCAUCUUUGAACGGUAUUCAAAAAAUUUUUGGAAAAAUGUUGCUUUACACUCGUAGACUUGAAGCCAAAUGAAUAGUCUUGUAUUUUAAAAUGACUCUAUUCUACAAAUAUGCAUAUUUAACAUAGUUAAUUUAUUUUUAUUUAAUAUUGGAGUAAAAAGAGAAUACAAAGAAAAUCAAUGGACAACUUUCCUUAAUGCUUUUAAAUGCCAAAACACUUUUUCAUUUAUCUCUUUUCUGAAGAAACUGACCAAGGGAAUUCAUUUAAAUUGUCUGAAUUAUGAAUAAAUCCUCUGAAGAUGAGCAUGUGCCUGGUGAAAUUCUUGCAACUUGAAUGUAAAUGUGCAUGUACGAAUAAUAAUUACACAAUUUGUGGCAUGGCAAAACAUCAACACAACAUCAAGAUCCACAUUUAUUAAUCAACCAUGGAAAAGUUCCAUUUAUGUGAAAUGUCUUACAAUAAACUCUG